AUGCCCAAUAACCAAAAUACAGAAUCCCUGGACACAAUCUCGGAGCAAAGUGGACUCAUAUCCGUCACCAACGAAGCAGAUCUUCGAUACCUUGGCCCAUCCAGCGGCUUGGUUUUCACCAAGUUCGUUCUGGCUGGCCUUGGUAAACGAAUUCUAUCUGUGUCUGAUCGAACCUCCGCCACCGACUUUGCUCACAACAGCAUUAUUGUCCCUUCAGAUUUCUCGUACCCCAUCGGAAAGACCUGCCUGCCGAUGAGAGGCACGAAAGGUGGCUCUUGCAGGCCUAUUUGGAACACGUCCAUCUACAGUUCCCGUUCCUCCACGAGCCUACCCAUUGUCUUCAUGGUUCUCGCCAUAGGCGCAGCACACCUCUCCCGGCGAACCAAGGUGGCGCUGUCUGCCGAAGGGUACUGCUCCUCUGCCAUGAAACUUGUCGACGAGAUACUCAAGACAUCUUCUAUUGCCUCUGUUCAAUGCAUCUUGCUCCUCGAGAUGUACUUAUGCAAUCAACAGCCCGUCAUCCGGACUGAGUCUUUGGUCGCUCCACCACCAUGGACUAGCAUUGGCAAUGGAACUGGGGCCAUGUCGCAAUGUACCGGUGAGUACAUUUUCCACCUGCCCUUAGAUGUUGGCGACGAACAGCUGAAAUCGGAUCAGCUCAAGCCACGCCAAGAGUCCGAGUCACCCACCAAAGUUACCAGUGCCAUACAUCUUUUCAGGCUGGCGGGGUUCAACUCCGAGAUCAAGUGCGUCCUUUACUGUGGCGAUCGCCAGUAUCCGCCGUAUACGCAACCCAUGGUUGUCGAUGCAGAGAAUUGGAGAGUCCAUACUCUGAGUCGCCUGCGCCAGUGGAAGCAUAACAUGCCGAGGCAUCCCGAAGGAAGCCCAGGUCCGAGGAUACAGAACCUGGACAAGGCGUCACUGCGCGAAUGCUUCCAGAGUGCUCUGACAUGCACAGAGCUCUACCAUUCACUCUAUGUCGCGAACUCUCUGCAAUAUGGAUGGCUCAGCAUUCAUUAUCUCUUCUUGUGUGUCAUGGUCGUGUUUUACUGCGUCUGGAAGCCUGGGGAGAUUGUCAAGGAACAGGACUUUGACUCGGUAGUCCGCGCGCUUAAAGUCUCCUCGGAUAUCUUGAGCGCCAUCGGAGAAUAUUGGCCAGAGGCGAAGAGAAGUCGCGACAUUUUGGACCGUAUCUCAACGGCAACCACACGAAGAUUUACUCAGCAUCGGAACAAGAGAGGGUCCUUCCAGACUCCACAGGAAUCUCGGACAUCCGUAGAGGCUGCCUCGAACUUGAGUUCAGAGCCAGUAGUCGACUGGAGUGACAUGGGUCUACCGUGGAACGGCACGUCGUCGGUCCAAUUCGGGGAUGAAGAAAUGAUAUACACAGCCUUCACCAUUGAUUACGGUGCAAACGAUGAAUCUUUCAUGUCGGCUGACAUCAUGUCUUACUUUAUGGGGUCUUCGGCGGACGUGACAAUGGGACCGACCGACUUGGUUCAUGUUAUUGAUGAAGUGCAGAGCUGCUUCGUUGGUGGUGGGGUGAAUUUUGAUCACAGUGGCGAAGAUGCGCGUCAAACGUAUUUGGAAUAG